AUGGCGGCGCGGCGCGCGCGGCCGGUGCGGGUGCUGGUGGACAUGGAUGGCGUGUUGGCCGACUUCGAGGCCGGCCUCCUGCGGGGCUUCCGCCGCCGGUUCCCCGGGGAGCCGCACGUGGCGCUGGAAAAGCGCCGCGGCUUCCUCGCCCGCGAGCAGUACCGAGCCCUGCGGCCAGACCUGGCGGACAAAGUGGCCAGUGUGUAUGAAGCCCCAGGCUUUUUCCUAGACUUGGAGCCUAUCCCUGGAGCCUUGGAAGCCCUGCAGGAGAUGAACAACAUGCAGGACACCGAAGUCUUCAUCUGCACCAGCCCUCUGACGAAGUAUGAACACUGUGUGGCCGAGAAGUACCGCUGGGUGGAGAAUCACCUGGGGCCGCAGUUUGUGGAGCGCAUUAUCCUGACGAGGGACAAGACGGUGGUCUUGGGGGACCUGCUCAUUGACGACAAGGACACCAUUCGAGGCCAAGAGGAGACCCCAAGCUGGGAGCACAUUUUGUUCACCUGCUGCCACAACCAGCACCUCGCCCUGCCCCCCACAAGGAGACGGCUGCUCUCCUGGAGUGACAACUGGAGGGAGAUCAUAGACAGCAAGCGGGGGGGCCGGGACAGUGGGUAGUAGCUGAAGGAAGGGAAGGCAGGCCAUCAGGG